AUGGCGUGUUUUGAAGCAAGUCGCCUUCUCUCUCUGUGCCUCGCUUUGCUCCCAGUGCUUCCAGCGGUUAUCUCCGCCGCACCGGAACCAACACCAGCCCUCACACAUCACGGAGGGCGUCUUCUUACCGGCCACUUGUCGGUCGGCAUCGUAUGGUACGGUCCAAUCCCAAGGGCACAAAAAAAGGCUAUUCUUUCCUUCCUCAGGUCCCUAAAACAAAAUGAAACUGCUGCCACUGACCGACCUCAGGUCUCAUCAUGGUGGAACAUCGUCGAGAGCUAUCAAACAAUGGCCAAGGUUCCAACACGUGGCAUCCCCAAUAUCUCAGUAAAGGUGAUCAACCAAGCCUCUGAUCCAAAUUACUCUCUUGGCAAAGUGGUCAUCAAAGACUUCAUCAAACAACUCAUCCCCAAGGCCACUGGUGGAAACCCAAACGCACUCGCUAUCAUCGUAGCCUCAAAAGGCGUCACCGUUCAAGAUAUGUGCGCUGGAUCAUGCGUCCAACACGGGCUCAUAGAUGAUCAACUAUAUGUUGCUGUGGGAGACCCAGAAGAGGAGUGUCCUGAAUGUGCAUGGCCAUUCGCGGGGACAAGUGGUGUGCCACUGAAACCCCCAAGCGGGGACAUUGGAGCAGAUACCAUGGUGAGGUUGUUGGCCGGUGGUUUGGCAGGUGCCAUUACCAACCCAUUUGGUGAUGGGUUUUACGCAUAUGGACACGGUGAACAACUGGUUGAAGCGACGAGCAAGUGCUCUGGUGUUCUUGCAACUGCCACUGUACCUGUGGAUCCCGUAAGUGGUGGAUCCUAUAAUAGUGUUGGCGACCAGGGUACCAAGUUUUUGCUCCCUGCUAUUUGGGACCCUAAAACUUCAUCUUGCUGGACCCCAUUGUAG